CCGUCGACGAGCGCCUCUGCAGAGCCGCGUUGCAACGCGAGAGCACUAGAUUUGCGGCUGCCGCGUUGCAACGCGAGAGCACGCGUGAUGAUCUGCUAGCCCAAGAGUGCGUUGGGGCUGCCUCGCGCGCCGAGUACCAAAGAUGCCGGGCUACCAACUCCCUUCGGGCGCCCAUGGGCUGGUCAUGAGGGCCCUCGACUCCGAAGAGGGACACAUGCCCGAGAAGAAGGAAAUGUCCAUCGCCGACCUCCUGCGGCGGGAGCGCGCCCAGAAGCGCGCCGUCCAGGAGAAGGAGGCGCUCCGCGUGAGGGCGGCCCAGCGCGAGGCGGAGGAGGCGCGCCAGCUCGCCCUGCGGCGGGAGGAGGAAGCACGCGUUCGAGAGGAGGAGCGGCAGAAACAGCUCGAAAUCGAACGGCAGGAGGCGCUGGUCCGAGAGGUCGAGGAGAACGAACGCAAGACGAAGACCUACUUCGACGUCGACCAAUACGAUAAGCACAAGCCGACGUUCCACCACCUGGUGAAGCAAACCACGGGCGGCCAGUACUUCGGGGACUACGAGUACCAGGGGAAGGACCCGCAGCAGCUCGAGGACGACGCGAAGCAGCUGUUCCUCGUGGAGAAGUGCGACCUCGGCGCGACGCUCAAUUCCCUGUCGGACGAGCAACGGGCGGAGAUGACGCUCUUCGUGAAGAAGCGCGUGGGCAAGGAGCGGCAGAUGCUCAAGGCCCUGCGACCGUUCGUCGACUGGCACGCGCACGGCCGGGGCGAGUUCCGCGCGAACAACGGGAACACCGUGUACGAGGGCGACUACGUGCGCGGCCGGCGCCACGGCCGGGGGACGUGGUUCUUCGACGACGGCUCGUCGUGGGAGGGCACGUUUUCGCGCGACGACGCGAAGGGACUGGGCACGUAUCGGUGGACCGAGGAGGUCAAGGAGAAGGACGAGGACGGUGCGUACGUCGUCGUAGAUCGGAAAAUUCACGAACGAGACGCGAUCUACCACGACAACCGGCGGGCGGCCUUCGUGGACGAGUUGAAAAAGGGCUGCCGGCUACGACUGCCCUCCUUUCGGUUGUCGUCUAUCGGCGAGCACGCCACCGUGGUGGGAAGGCCCACCAAAUCUCUGGAACGGGCCCUGGAGGAGGCCGAGCGGCGGUGUUUGCGCUCGCGGGAAGGCGAGCGCUUCGCGACCAACGAGGAGUGGGAGGGCUACCGCGACGCGGCCGAGGCGCUGCGGAAGGAGGCUCGCGCGGCUCUGCGGGCCGCGACCAAGUACCACCUGCACUUCGACCUCUCGAAUACGGAGCGAGAGGUAGACCUCGCGGACGUCCCUUUCGUCCUAGACGACCACAAGCCGCUGAUCCACCACUUCGCGCGGGACGAGCACCUGGAUUUGAAGAGGUACGACGUGACGGAUGCGGAGCGACGCGCGCGGCCGCCGUCGCCGACGCCCACGCAAGCGCUGGCCACGUUCCGCGACCGCGGCCGGACGCUCUCGCGGCCCGUCUCCCGCGAGUCGACGGCGACGAACCUCCAGCUGCAGCUCAGCCCGUCCAAAGCGAAGCAGUCGACGACCCUGACGCUGCGCAACUCCCACCGGCGGCACCACCUCCUCAAGGCGCUUACCCUGGACGAAGGGUCGAAGAGCGACCACCACGAGAACUUCUACGAGUUCAAAAUCAAAAAGAAGGCGCCGCCCAAGAAGAUCACCAUGGACCCGGCCGCCCGCAAGGCCUACCUCCAGAAGCAGGCCGACAAACAACGCGCCAUCAUCGAGGCCCAGCGCCAGGCCCAGCUCGGCGAGGCGCUCGAGGGCCAGGCGCAGCUCGACGCGGCGUCGGCGCGCGAGGAGGCGGACUUCGAGGCCCAGAUGGAGGCGCGCAUCAUCGUCCUCAAGGAGGAGCGCGAGCGGCGGAUGGCGGAGGUGCGCGCGGGCACGGUGACCGAGGUCCAGGAGGCCUUCCUGGAGGGGCCCUGGCGGGACAGCGCGGAGCAGCAGCGCCUCUCGCGCACGUACGAGCGGGACACGGAGAUGUCGCGGGCGGAGCGGCGCAUGCGAGGGAAGUUCAGGCCCGGCGCGCAUUCCUACGAGGACGCGACGACUCCGAUGCCGGUCCGGGCGCCCGUCUCGCAGCGCCAGGCGCCGCUGCACUACACGAAGCGGAUCGCCAUAAGACGCGACGACGACACGUGGCUCCACGACUACGAGAUCAACCGGCGGGCCGCGGACGCGCGGCGGGCGGUGCAGCGGGUCUGGGACGCGGAGCGGCGCGCGUGGGAGGCGGCGGAGAAACGACGGAGGGACCAGGAGCACUACGUCAAGCACUGCCUAUCGAGGGUGGACGUGUACAAGAGGGAGCUCGCGGAGGCCGAGGCGGCGCGGAAGGCCCAGGACGCCGAGGACGAGCGCUCGGCGGAGGAGGACCGCCCGGGGUCGGCGUGGUCGCAGUCAUCAGAAAUCUCGGAGGACGGCGCGCGCACGUCGCGGUGGUCGCUCGGGUCGCGGUCGUCGCGGUCGCCGUCGCCGAAGAAGGCGUCGCGCAAGGAGAGCGCGGCGCACUGGCGGCAGCGCAGGACGCACGAGCCCGACGCGAAGCCCGGGUCCCGGAGCGACCUCUGCAAAAUCGUGGCGCGGCGCGGUCACGUCCCCGAGGAGAGCACGGAGAUGAGCCUCGAGGCCGGCGCGGCCGUCGUCGUCCUGAAGAGCGAGCUCUCCGACGCGCCGGGCUGGAUCUUCGCGACGAGGGGCAAUGACGAGUGUGGCUACGUGCCGCGCACCUACCUGCUGCUCGACCGGUCGCGGUCCCCGUCGCGCCGGAGCUGGUUCGGCUCGCGCGGGUCCGCGCGCGGGCGCUCGCCGAAGCAGAAGCCCAAGAAGAAGAAGGGCGGGGGCGGCUUCUUCUCGUGGCUGUCGAAGAAGGAGCACGAGGUCGAGGCCGCCGCGGCGACGGCCGCGCACAAGAUCGAGCACCAGAUCGAGCGGGGCGUGGCGGCGGUGACGCCGAUCAAGAAGAAGAAGAAGAAGAAGGCGCCCAUGACCUACGGGGAGAUGAAGAAGCUCGAAAAGGAACGAGCGCGACGAAAGGCCGAGCGGCGCCGGGGCAAGGGGCGGCUCCGGAAGAUCCCGGGCUUCGACCACACGUCCAAGGUCCCCGGCUUCGACCACUGAAUAAUAGUAAUGUUUAACUCAAUCGAUUA